AGGCGACAGUCAUCCCUAAAGAGGUCCAAGUCUGGUUCAGCAGUAUAAAUACGGCAGAUUUGUUUCCCAUUGGCAUUCGCUCUCCAGCGUUGCUCAAUCCAGCAGCAGGAUGUGGAACAUCAGUGAAGUGGUUUUCCAGCUCCCGACCUCCAGCGCCUCAGACCGCGUCCUCCAGCCCCUGUGGGACUACCUGCUGCUCCGCCACUACACCCUCAUCUCCUCUCCGUUCUUCCCAGUACUGCUGGCCUUCUCCAGCUACAUCAUCUUCAGUGUCCCCUUCGCCGUGCUGGAUGUAUUGGGAGAGAAAGCUCCUCUGUUUAAGUAUAAGAUCCAAAAGGACCGGCGUCCCACUGUUGGAAUGAUGCUGAGGACUCUCUGGACGGCGGUCUACAACCAUCUGGUCUUCGUUCUUCCAGCCGUGUUGAUCACCAACGUGGUAAUGCCUAUGCCUCCUCUUCCCACCGUUGCGCCGACAGUAUGGGAGAUGUUUUCUGGCGGUUUGGGAGCUUUGCUGGUCUUUGACACCCAGUACUUCCUCUGGCACAUGGUGCACCACAAAAACCCGCACUUAUACAGGUGGGUCCAUGCCAUCCAUCACGAUUACAUCUCUCCGUUCUCCUGGUCCACCCAGCACCUCAGCGGUGUAGAGCUCAUGACGGUAGGCUUCUGGAGCAACAUCGACCCCAUCCUGCUGAAGUGCCAUCCACUGACCGUCUGGACCCUCACCGUGUACAGCAUCUGGAUGUCUGUGGAAGACCACAUCGGCUAUGACCUGCCUUUUUCCCCUGGGCAUCUGGUUCCAUUCGGGCUUCUUGGAGGAGCGAUGGCACAUGACAUGCACCAUCAGAAACCCAGCAGCAACUUUGCACCUUUCUUCAGUCACUGGGACAAAAUCUUCGGCACUGCGAUCACUGUGAAACUGACUCAGAAAAGCGAGAAAGAGAAGCAGGUUGCUUGAUCAGAAAUCGGUUUAAAUCUUUAGUCUGUGUAAAUAUUUGUAUAAAAGUUGUAUUUUUGUAUUUGGUGUUUCUACUGGUCUGUCUGCUUUAUGUACGGGUGAAAUUAUUAAUAAACAACUGUUGUAUAU